AUGCUUCCCACGCCUGACGUCAAGGCUCAACCGCGAUCUCGUCGCCGAUAUGCACAGGGUAGUACUCGUUCAAAAACCAUAGAACUAGGAACGCUAUCAGAAAUUGAAGAGGAUAUCUAUCAUAAUAAGGAAGGUAGCUAUUUAAAAAGUUACUUGAGCAACUGGUUUCCAUGGAAUAAUGAAGAUUUCGUUGAAGCAGCCGCCAGUCAGUCCGGUGUUGGAAGUCAGGACGAUUCAGCGGUGAAUGUACGAUGGCCCAAGAAUGGAGCGGUCAAAAGCAUCGCACGACAUUUCAGUGAACGUCUGAAAUCAGAGCAAGGAAAGUUUCCACAUUCAUCUUUGUCACUGAGCAAAAUUUACUCCAUAGAGAGGUUUGAACUGGAACUAGUACCUUGA